GCGGAGAGAGGACAGACGGGGUGCAGUGCACGCGACGCACGCGGCACCCUCGGCUCGCCGUUCACAAUAAAAUCCAGCCACGCCUGCGCAUCCCUCGUCCUCGUCUCUCUCACAGCUGCUUUCUUCCUUCCUGUUCCUGCUCGUCGCCUCUCGAAAGCCAGGAGGAGUCUCGCCUCCCCCUCCUCGCGCGCGUGGCAGCUAUGGCGAUGGACGACCUCGCGGGCGCCUCCUCCUCCUCCUCCAUGGCGGCGGCCGCCUCCUCCGACCCCUCGCACGGCUGGCAGACGGUGUCGUAUCCCAAGCGCAACCGCAAGCAGGCGCAGCCGCCCCGCACCACGGCGCCCGAUCUGGCGCUGCAGUCCAACGGCAAGCCUGGCGGCGUCUUCGACGCCGUCGAGAAGCGCUCCCAGGAGCGCCACCGCGCGCUGCAGCAGCAGCUCGCCUCCAGGGCGGCCGACCUCGACGACGCGCGGAUCGCCGUUGCCACGGGCGCCGCCUACUCCGACGACGACGACUCCGACGAGGCCGCUGCCCCGCGCCAGGAGGGAGAGGUCAAGAAGCCUAAGAAGCCCAAGGUGAAGAAGCCGAAGGUGACGGUCGCCGAGGCCGCCGUCCUGAUCGACGCCGAGAACCUCGCAGCGCACCUCUUCGAGAUCUCGGCAUCGUACGAGAAUCAACAGGACAUUCAGCUCAUGAGGUUUGCUGAUUACUUUGGCCGGGCAUUUGCAGCUGUGAGCGCAUCUCAAUUUCCAUGGGCAAAGAUGUUCAAAGAAUCAACAGUGUCCAAGAUGGUUGAUAUCCCACUGUGCCAUAUAUCUGAGGCUGUGAUCAAGACUGUGAGUGAUUGGAUCAGUCAAAGAUCUUCUGAUGCCCUGGGAGACUUUGUUUUGUGGUGCAUAGAUAGCAUCAUGUCUGAAUUGUCAGGUCCAUCAGCUGGCCCUAAGGGUUCAAAGAAGGUUGCACAACAGUCUCCAAGGGCCCAGGUUGCAAUCUUUGUUGUUCUUGCCAUGACUUUAAGAAGAAAGCCUGAUGUACUGGUAAAUGUUAUGCCAAAGAUAAUGGGAAACAAUAAAUAUCUGGGACAGGAAAAGCUUCCCAUCAUUGUCUGGGUUAUUGCUCAGGCCUCUCAAGGUGACCUAGUGUCUGGCAUGUUUUGCUGGGCUCAUUCUCUAUUUCCCACAUUAUGUGCGAAGUCAAGUGGGAAUCCCCUUGCAAGAGAUUUGGUUUUGCAGUUGCUUGAAAGAAUUUUGUCUGUCACCAAAGCUCGUUCUAUAUUAUUGAAUGGUGCUGUUAGAAAGGGAGAACGCUUAGUUCCCCCUGUUUCAUUUGACUUGUUCAUGAGAGCCACAUUUCCUGUUUCUAAUGCUCGAGUGAAGGCUACAGAAAGGUUUGAAGCAGCCUACCCAAUAAUCAAGGAGUUGGCUCUUGCCGGUCCUCCUGGCUCAAAAACUGUGAAACAAGCAUCACAACAGCUUUUACCUUUGUGUGCAAAAGCAAUGCAAGAAAACAACGCAGAGCUCACCAGGGAGGCUGUUGAUGUUUUCAUUUGGUGCUUAACUCAAAAUGCAGAGUCUUACAAGCAGUGGGAAAGAAUUUAUCUUGAAAAUAUUGAAGCCAGUGUUGCUGUCCUGAGCAAAGUUGUGAUUGAUUGGAGGGAUGUGUCUCCUAAGCUCAGUUCUGAAGCUCUCAAGGCAACAGUGAAGAACUUUAAGGCUAAGAAUGAGGCUGCGCUGGAGUCCACAACAGAUGCUGGAAAGCAGGCAUCUAUCAAAGAAGCAGACAAGCACUGCAAGGCGAUCUUUGGAAAGCUGACCCGUGGCGCCACCUGCCUGAAGAGCAGCCUGGUGGUCAUCGCGCUCGCUGUUGCUGCUAGUUACGUGCUGUCUCCUGGCAUGGACCUCGAGAAGGUCCAGGCGAUGGUCUCAUCGCACCUGUCGUUCUAAACAUACCUGUCCAGAAUCUCCAGACGUGGAUCUAAAUUAUACGAGCCAUCCAAAGGGGAUGGCUCACUCAUCAGUGAAGAGAGCUCAGGGGGUGAGAAUAAGAGGGGGAUAGGCGCUAGAACCGAAAGGGUACAGUUUCCUGAGUUGCCUUUUUUUAUUUUUCCCGCGUCUCCUCGAGCAGCAGUGCGUGGGAGGAGACGCAGUCGACUUUGCAGGGAGUUGGUUAAUCGGUAGACUGAUGGGUGCGAAGAAGGUCAAGUCAAACGGCUCAACCAGAGGAUUAACACCUUUGCUUUUCUCUUUCUGCAUCUGAGAUGAUUGCAAACAGUUUUGGUUUAAAAAUUAAGAAUCUUGAAUCGU